GCGCGGCACCUCGGGCCUCCCACGGAAGCUGACACCAGCCAGGGUGGCGCGGUGAUUCCGGGACGUCGUGUGCAUUUGCAGCUGAACCCGCUCCUCCUGCCGCGCUUUGCCGCCACCUGUAAGCGGCAGCGCCAUAAUGAAUGGCACUGUUUAAGUGGCUGGGCCGGGACCCAAGGUUUUCUCAACGCGGCUCAGCCUGUGAAGCGGUGGGCAUUUGGGGAAGCAGGAUGACAGCCAGGAACCUCCCGCUAAAGGACUGGAGGCGCGCGGGUCAGGCCACGGCGUGGAGGACCCAGCGCAGGCCCUGGUGCGGCAGUUUCCGGCCACACAAAGAGCCCGCGGCCGCGUGCACUAGAAGCGGCUUAGCCUCACCCGAGGCCCGGCGACCCGAGGGCAUGGACAAAGGGGCUCCGGGGAGGGCCCCGCGGUGCGGUGGGGUGCGGCCGCCCGGCGCCCCCUGGCGUCUCGGAGCCCGGCCCGCGGGGUGACGCGCUCCCGGAGCCCCCUGCGCCCCCUGUGCGCAGCCCGGGAGCCGUGGGAACUGGCGCAAGAGGAAGGCUAGGCGCCGCGGCGGAGGCGGCAGGCCUCCUCAGCGUCCCCGGAACGGUAGCAGCUGCCUCAAGCGGAGUGGGAACGCAGCGGGCUUGGCACGGCCCAGGACCCAGCUGCGGAGCGGGAGCUGCGAGUUCCCCGGUCCCGAGCUCCGAGCGCGCCAGCCGGGACGCGGGGACGCGGGGCGAGGGUGGCCCCGGGCGCCUUCCGUUUGGAGGAGCCGCACUCCUGGGAAGGGACAGGGAGCUGUCAAUCAGCAAGGGAGGGAGCGCAGCGGCGCGGGUGAUGUCAGCGGAUCACAACAAAGAGGGGGGAUUCCGGGAGAAAGUUGCGGUGACCACGGCGACACCCCAGGGCCAGGGGGACCGGGGGAGGGGACUCAGCCCCGGCGCAGACUUUGGGGGCCGAGGGACUGAAAGGGCCGCGGGGGGAGGCUGGGCGAGCGCGCCCGGCUGCUCCUCCUCUUCCUCCUCCUCCUCCGGACUCGCAGGGCUCAGCCCCCAGCUCGCUCAGCCGCCGGGAGCGCCGGGAGGGACGGAGGCAGCGCGGCCGCGAGCCGGGCAGUCUCCGCCGCCAUGGACAGCGACGACGAGAUCGUGGAGGAGGCUGUGGAAGGGCACCUGGAUGAGGAUGGAUUGCCGCAUGGGUUCUGCACUGUCACCUACUCCUCUACAGACAGAUUCGAGGGCAGCUUCAUUCAUGGAGAGAAGAAUGGACGCGGAAAGUUCUUUUUCUUCGAUGGCAGCACCCUGGAGGGCUACUACGUGGACGAUGCCCUGCAGGGCCAGGGUAUCUACACCUACGAGGACGGCGGAGUCCUCCAGGGCAUCUACGUGGAUGGGGAGCUGAAUGGGCCUGCACAGGAGUACGACACAGAUGGGCGGCUGAUCUUCAAGGGACAGUACAAAGACAACCUACGGCAUGGAGUGUGCUGGAUCUAUUAUCCAGAUGGAGGCAGCCUUGUAGGAGAAGUCAACGAGGAGGGGGAGAUGACUGGAGAGAAGAUCGCCUACGUGUACCCUGAUGGGAGAACAGCCCUCUACGGGAAGUUCAUGGAUGGGGAGAUGAUCGAAGGCAAGCUGGCCACCCUGCUGUCCGUCGAGGAAGGGAGGCCUCACUUUGAGCUCGUGCCUGGAAGUUCCACGUACCACUUUGACAAGUCAACUUCAUCUUGCAUUUCUACCACUGCUCUUCUUCCAGACCCCUACGAGUCUGAGAGGGUGUAUGUGGCGGAGUCUCUCAUUUCCAGUGCAGGGGAAGGACUGUUUUCCAAGGUGGCCAUGGGACCUAACACUGUUGUGUCUUUUUACAAUGGAGUCCGAAUUACACACCAGGAGGUUGACAACAGGGACUGGGCCUUGAAUGGGAACACCCUGUCCCUGGAUGAGGACACAGUCAUUGACGUGCCUGAGCCCUACAACCUCGUGUCCAAGUACUGUGCCUCCUUGGGACACAAGGCGAAUCACUCCUUCACUCCAAACUGCAUCUAUGAUGUGUUUGUCCACCCCCGUUUUGGGCCCAUCAAAUGCAUCCGCACGCUGCGAGCUGUGGAUGCCCACGAGGAGCUCACUGUUGCCUAUGGCUACGACCACAGCUCCCGAGGCAAGAACGGGCCCGAAGCCCCUGAGUGGUACCAGCUGGAGCUGAAGGCCUUCCAGGCCAGCCAGCAGAAGUGAAAGGUGUGGCUUGGGCCUCCAGAGACCUGGAGUAGAAACUUGGAUCUAUGCACUCCAUUGACCCAGUGAUGACAGGACAACCAGGGACUGCUUGUGCUGUGACGUCACAUCUUCUCACCUGCGUCAGCAACAACCUUCUCGCAUACUAACAGGUUUGACUGCGUUACUCAUACCAGAUGUAAAAUUAGCUAGCCUCGAAACCACGGCCCCCCCCCGAGAGGUGGCGUGGAGCCCUCGGCGCCCACAGCAUGAGGUCCUCCAGUGGUUCGCGCCUAAGUCGGUACCGCCUUCAGAGAUCCAAAUGAGACUGCAAAAGGGAAAUAGGCUUUUUGGCCACUUUUGUGGUUUUUCCAUAACUUUUCCUAUGGCCAAUGCAAAUUAGGCUGUCACUUGCAUAUGGGCCGUCUCAAAGUAGAGAACUACUACAUCUUUAUUCUCUAAGUAUAGUAUCAUUUGCCUUUUAACCUUUGAUCUGUAUCUUGCAAUAGAAUGGCUUCGUUUUUUCCCCAGUGAGCAGAAGCCCACUUUCAAGUCAUUUCUUCAGUCCUGUCCCCUACCCUAGAUUCCUGUACAAGAGAAAACCUCCCAUGGAUUCUGCAUCCGUGGCAGUGUGAGGCCUCUCUGGUUCUUUCUACAUCAUUAUUUCAUCAUUAUGUCCUAAUAGAAAGUACUGGCUCCUAGGGCCGGCCUAUUAUUAUAGAACUAUUAUUCUCGCAUGUAAACAAAGGUAUCUUUGCUUUCCUAUGUGAGAAGAAAUGAAUUUCCUUUGUCUGCAUUAAAUUAUGGAAGAGCUGUAAUAUAUACCUUGAGAAAGAAGAGAGGACAAUUAGUAUUUCCCUGCAGUAACUGUGGCAAUUUUGCAAUAUCCUCAAUAGUGCUGGUAAGUUUUUCUCCUUGGGUACACUUUAAAUGUACAUAACCUAGUGCAGUCUGGCUUGUGGUGCAGUGCAUUGAAUUCAGAAGUCAAAUAGCAAACUUGAAUUCUAAUGCAGAAUGCACAAAUUUCUUUUAAAUCAAUACUAUAAAGACAAACAUACUGAUCACUAGGCACAGAUCAAGCCCUAAUGCUGAAACUCUUCCUUGUAAUUUUCCAAGUCCUUCCCUGCGUCAGAGCAUUGUAAGCUAAAUGUUCACACCUGCGUAGUUUAAAAGCAACAGCAUAAAUAGCAUUUCAGCCGUUUUGCAAGCCAUGUGUAAUCACAACUGCAGAAUAAGGAGAAAACCCCUGUUUUUAGUUUAGCAUACUAGAUCUGUGACAUAACUGGGAUUGCUCUGAAUGCGUUCUGAGAUUUGGGGAUUUUUAUGAGCACCCUCAGCACACGCUGUGGUUUUUAACUUCUCACCACAUGGGCAUGAAGGCCGGGAACUCUGGGAGCGGCAUUUGCUCUGAGCUGCAGCCGUCAGUUUGCCUGUGGUAACAGACUGUGAGCCCCAGGAGCGAGAGAGGCUGCCGGGAUGGGGAGAGGGGAGCGAGCUGCUUCUUGGCUGCUCAUUGCUCUUAAAAGGCCUGCUAAGGAAAGUACUUGAUGUGCCCAGCUUCUGGGAGGGAUUUAGCCCUGCAGGCCGGACUUGUGCCCUCCCCUUUUCCAAGGGCAGGGCUUCCUGGUCGUCAGAUCCUGCUUGAAAGCUCAAGGGGAUCAUUCACCCAGGAAAGAAAGGUGUCAGGGCUUUCAGAGAGAUCUCCCACACAAGGACCUUCAUGGUGUAUUUUGGUUAUGAGUCACCAGGAUAGGAUUGCUUCUAUUCUGCAGAAAGAGACCGCCCUGUAAACUGUGACCAAUGAGGAUCUCCAGAUGUGUGUUCUGACAGGUGCUGUAAGUGUAUCCCAGAGUGAAUGACUGUUGUCCCCAUCAGCUGGGCAGUGGAACCACAUCCAAACUGUGGCAGAUUCCCAGCAGUAGGGAACAAACAAAUGCUGUCCCCAGAAGAGCUCGAGCCUGGGCGUGUGGGCGACGCCAUGUCUCGGCACUCUUUCCGAGCUGUCCCAGUCUGACCCCUGCAUGACUAAAUCUCCUCUUAGCAUCUUCUCUAGGAUGAAAUAUUGUCUUGUGUUAGAGUUAGGAAUAGGAACUAACUGGCAAGGGCACGUCCCCAGAUGGCUUUCGUGCGGACUAACAAAACAACCGUAAGGACUGAAUUUCCGGCACAAAGGAACAAGGAGUUAAGAGGCAGUGGCAUGGAGGGCUUGGCACUUGUAGGGCCUACUCUUAUUUCAGCCUGCCUCACCCCGGUCUCCCAGAGCAGCCAGAAAGGAAAUUCAUUUCUCAAGCCCUUUGGGCCCAGCCCGGGCUGGAGUUGACCUCUUUGCCCUCUGGAUCUGGAGUUCAUCACUCUUGAGAAACUAUUUCCUUAUCACCAGAAACCAGAAAAGGCCAGCACAGCCCAGUGUAACCAUUUGUGACAUUGAAUUGAGGCCUUACGUGGCACUGGGCCGGCGGACGGCGUGUAGCUUAGUGGAAGCCCUCACCUGCAUGCCUGAGGCCCUAGGCUUGACCGCCAGCACCACAAACAAAAAUAAAGUUGCAUUAACUGUGAACAGUGAAUAAGAGUUUGUCUUAGUGAGACAGUAUGUGGCACUUUCAUUUAAAAAAUAAAACUUUUAAGUCACUCGCUGCAAAAUGCAUUUAAAAUCUUCCAAAAAGGGAGAGAUGGAAUUCUCUUGAUUUGUUUUUAGUUGCCUCAAAGUUUGUCUUAAGAGUAGUGAUUUAGAAUCCAGACAUCUUUUGUUUUAGAAAAACAAGCAAAACUAUGUUGCAAGAUGGAUAGUUAAGUUUAUUUGCCACAGAUCAAAGGUUCAUGAAAUACAUUAAAUUUAUACCUACUUUUGAGGUAAACAUUGAUAGAUUUUCUUCUCUUGGGUUUUUUUUUUACCCCUUCAGGAAUUUGGAUUCUUGAUGUCAGGAUUUUGUUUUGGUUAAUUUUAAAGAUACCAAAUUUUCAAAGUUUUCUUUUGUUAAAUGUGUGCAUACAUAUUCAAAGCAAUGAAGCAAUUUCAAGCCAUACAACCACAGGGGUGGAAGCCCUUUUCACAAAUUUUAAUGUGUUUGUAUAUAAAUAGACGUUUGUAUGAAAUAUUUUCAUGGUAGAAUGAAUAUAUUUAAAUGAAGUUGAAUUUACUCCAGUGCUAUUUAAACACAUCACAAAAAUUUUUGGUGAGAAUUCUCUGAGUCUGUUGAGAUACAAUGCAGAUCAAUUUUGAUUUUUAAAAAUCAAAGCCUACAAAUCACUCUUGACUGGUGGCGAGCCGGUGGAGAGAGCUGUAGGCUUCCCAGUGCCUCCGCCGCUUCCUGGUGGUAAGUUCGGUGCUAACAGAGGUACGCUCACCUUGUGCGAUCUCACCGUGGGCCCAGGGCCUGGGAGUGGGUCCAAGGCGGUCGGGACCCGGUGCGGUUAUCUGGAGCACAAUUUAUUCGCAGGGCAGCAGAAUCCGAAGCCAGACUCGGCCGGGACCCUUGGAGAUGGGUCUCCAGCCACCAUCACCUGCCACCCUACUGCCCAGCCAUACGGCAGGGAGGCUGCCCUCAGUGGAGUUGGGGUCCAGACCCCAGGUGGGACCUCGGGGUUUCGCCAGCCACCUCUGCCCACAGCCCCUACCUCCAGAGAGGGGGACAGAGGAGCAGCUGCUGGCCAGGGCCCAGCCCUCAGCACACUUCCUGUCUCCACUCUGGAUGACCCAUACACCUCGGCACCAAACUUUCAACCAGAGAGAGAGAGGCGUCCUCAGAUCCCAGAGCCGUGGCUGCCUCUGUCUGUGACUGGACACAUGGGCUGCAGCCAUCUGCGUCCCUGCAACGUGGCUCCCGGCCCUCCUGACUCCUGUUCCUGGAAAAAGCAAAUUCCUUUCUAAUGCCAUUUGACUUGAGUGAGUUGUUUUUGUUUUGUUUUGUUUUUCCCUUUGGGUCCUGGAUAUAAUGAAAUGAUGAUUAUGAUGACAAAUGUUCACUGUGUAUCCUAGCAAUAUGAACACACAUGCCAAUGUAUCUAACCUAUCUACUCGGUUACAUUUUGCAUUACACUAGAAUUAAUCUUGAUUCACAGAUGGAGAAACCAAGGGACUAUGGAACGACUGCUUAUUGUAGAAGGAAGUUGCGUCCAUGGUUCUGAGCUCCCUCCCAUGGAAGUUUUUCCUCUUGGGUUUUCUGUGUUCUCUUUUAAUCCUGAAAUGCAUUUAUUAGGUUGAGAGGGUUAUGUUUCUGGGGUGACAGACAGGGGUCUGCUUUCGGCUUUUGUUGAACCAAGAGCGAGCCCUAUCACAGUCAACAGUCAUCUUUGGUCUUUUGUGGAAUUUGAACUAAAUCUAUGAGCCUUAUUCAAUACCUAUAAUUCUAUGGUUUUUUUUUUAAUUAUGGGAAAUUAAUGGAAGAUGUUUACAUGAGUAAUGUUUGCCCUUACUGUGUUAUGAAUGAGUUUUUUGUAGUGUGUCUGGGUGCAUGUGCAAGAGAGUAGGAAAACUGUUUCUGAAACAAAACUUGACAAAUAUUUGUAAUGAAAAGUAAAUUUAAAGAUUGCUAUAAUUGCGCUAUAGAAACAAUGCAAGUAUUAAACAAAAUACACAAUCAUC